AUGGAGGAGGCUGCUGGCGUGGAGUCUCACGAGGAUGCGGGGGAGAGCGAGAUUUUCGCGCCGUACCGCUGCAGGACGGCGGCGUCGCGGGGGCGCCCGCACCCUGCGGACGUGAGCGAGCCAGCGGCACUCGCCGCCGUGCAGCUCCCGCGGUCCCGGUACGACCUCUUCGACGCCCUGCCCGCCCCAGUCGUCGAGCGCGGCCUGCUCAGCGACCUGCAGCUCGAGGGCGUCCUCUACGCCUGCGACCGCCACCGCACCAUCAUGCCCGACGGAACGCGCGCGGGGUUCUUCCUCGGCGACGGCGCGGGCGUCGGGAAGGGGCGCCAGAUCGCGGGGAUGGUCCUCGACAACUUCGCGCGCGGGCGGCGGAAGGCGGUCUGGGUCUCGACCACGAUUGACCUGGUCAACGACGCCGUGCGCGAUUUGCGAGACAUUGGCUGCCACGGCGUCAGCGUCAUCCCCGGGCCGCAGGCGCUCGACGGGGGCGGCGCGCGGAGACCGUCGCGCGGCGGCGCGCACACGACGUCGCUGUCGACGGGCGUCAUGUUCACCACGUACACGACGCUGGUGACGGUGGCGCGUGGGGCGGCGCGGCUGGACCAGGUGGUGGCGUGGGCGGGCGGGGAGGAGUUCGAGGGGCUGCUGGUCUUCGACGAGUGCCACAAGGCGAAGAACGCCGGCACGCCUGCGAACGACGGCGCGAGCGUCGUCGACCACGGCGGAAGCAAGGUGGCUGCGGCGGUGAUCGAGCUGCAGCGCAGGAUGCCGCGCGCGCGGGUGGUGUACUGCUCCGCGACGGGCGUAUCGGAGGUGGCGCACACGGGGUACAUGGAGCGCAUGGGCCUGUGGGGCGCCGGGACGGCCUUUGCCAACCACGCGGCCUUCUGCCAGGCGCUGUCCCGGGGGGGGGUCGGGUACCUGGAGCUGCUCGCCACGGAGCUCAAGGCGCAGGGGCGCUACGUCAGCAGAGGACUGAGCUUCGCAGGCGCGGAGUGGAGCGAGAUCGUCUGCGACAUGGACGCUGCCAUGGUCGCGCAGUACGACGCCAUCGUGCGUGUCGUGCAGCGCGUCCGCGCUGGCCUCUCGAAGGCGCUCGCUCUCUGCCACGGCCGCGGCGCGCGCGGGUCCGCCGCGGGCCACGCCUGGCGCACCUUCUGGAGCCUCACGCAGCGCGUCUUCCGCGCCGCGUGCGUCGCGAGCAAGCUCCCCGCAGCCAUCGCCGCCGCACGCGCCGCCGUCGCCGCCGACCAGUGCGUCAUCGUCGGCAUCCAGUCCACGGGCGAGUUCGCCGUCGACUCCACCCCCGACACGGCGCGCAGCCACCCCGCCUUCGUCUCGCCAGUCGCAGCCAUGAUGGAGCAGUUCGUGCAAGCUCACUUCCCUACCGAGGUCCAAGAGGCCGACGCGGACGACGCCGGCGGGCCCCCGCGCACCGUGGUGCUCGCGGAGGCCGAGCGCGUCCGCAGCCGCGUGCUCGCGGUCAUCCACGGCGCCGCGAGCGACGGCGUGCUGCCCCCGAAUUCGCUCGACGCUCUGAUCGACGCGCUGGGCGGGCCGACGGCGGUCGCGGAGAUGACGGGGCGCCGCGUGCGCAUGGUGCGCGGGAAGGACGGCGCGGUGCGGUACCAGAUGCGCGUGACGAGCGCCGCGGCGCCCUCCGCGGACUCCGUCAACAUCGCAGAGGCGCGCGCGUUCAACGAGGGCCGCAAACGCGUGGCGAUCAUCUCCGAUGCGGCGUCGACGGGGAUCUCGCUGCACGCCCGGCGCGGGUCCGGCAACGAGCGCCGGCGCGUGCACCUGACGCUCGAGCUGCCGUGGUCCGCGGACCGCGCCAUCCAGCAGCUGGGCCGCUCGCACCGGUCAGACCAGGCGUCCUGCCCGGCCUACCGGCUGCUGGUGCUGCCGCUCGGGGGAGAGUCGCGGUUCGUCGCGGCGGUGGCGCGGCGGCUGGAGUCGCUCGGGGCUCUGACGCGCGGAGACCGUCGCGCGGCGUCGGGCCUGGACCUCUCUGGCAGCAACUUUGACAGCCGUGCAGGGCGUGCGGCGUUCGCGCGGCUGCUGAAGCACGUCGGGGAGGGUCUCCCGCACCUUCCCCACGGCGUGUCGCUGGAGGAGGUGCUCGCGGAGGCGGAUGAGGUGACGUUGGAUGACGUGCGCUCGGCGGCGGAGGCCAACAGGCUUGCGGCGGAGAGUGCGAUGUCAAGCGGUGCGGGCGGGCGCGCGGGGAGCACGCUCGCGGACGAGAAGCGCUGCACGGUGCGCGCUCUGCACGCGGCGCUGAAGGAGCUGCUGGGCCGCGCGGGGCUGCUGGAGGCGGAGGAUGCGGGGGGGAAGGAGGACAACGCGAACGUGAAGCGGUUCUUGAACCGCCUCCUGACGCUCCCCGUGGCCUCUCAGAACCUGGUGUUCCGUUACUUCUCCCUGGCUGUGGACGGCGAGAUCGGGCUCGCUCGGAUGGAGGGGCGCCACACGUCGGGCAUGUCGACGCUCGCCUUUUCGUCCGCCGAGCGCGUGGGACCCCCCCGGGAGGUGUUCCGUUUCGGGGGCUCUUCCCUGCCACUCACCGCGCACGACCUCAUCAUCGACCGCGGCAUGACGUGGCAGCAGGCCACCGAGCGCCUCCAGGCCGAGGUCGGAGAAGCCGGCCUCGCGGGCGGCCCGCCCAGCGCCCCGGCCGACGGCAGCGCCCCCCCUGGCUUCUACGUGACGCGCGACAAGUGGUACGGGCACCACUGCGUCGUGCUCGCCCUCCCGCGGGCCGGCAGCUCCGCCGCAGGCCCCGCGCGCGCCUCGGGCGGCGGAACGCUGCGGAUCCUGCGACCUUGGGCGGGGUCGGCGUCCGGGGGGUUGUCUCCUGGAGACCUCCUGGCGAAGCACGCGCCGAUCGAGCCGUCCGCCGCCCGCGCGCUGUGGGAGGCGGAGCACGAGCGGAGCGCGGAGCGCUGCUCGCACGGGCUGCGGUGCGCACAGCCCGCCGGCGCGUGCACGACGGGCAAGCGGCGCCUGGAGUGCUGCGUUCUGUCGGGGUCGGUUGUGCGCGUGUGGAGCGUCCUCGAAACGGUGCUCGAGCGCCACAAGUCGCAGGUGCCGCGCACCGAGCGGGCACUGAGGGCCGUGCGCGUGCCGCUGGGCGGGCCCGACGGGAAAGUGCUGGUUGGCGUGCGCUACCCGGGGGCGCUAUUGAAGCACGUGUCAGCGGCGCUGAACUUUGCACCCGCGGCGGGAGCGCAGGCGGUAGGGGACGACGCUGCGUGCGACGCCCUGGUGGAGCCGCCGACGCCCGUGGACGGCAAGAGCCGGGACAAGGCGUUGCGCAAGCCAUUGGGAAUCCAGGACUUCUUUUCACGGCAGAUGCGGGGCUCCAAAGGCGAGGACGACGUUGCUGCUCAGCCUACAUCUGCGCCAGCACCGCGGGAGAUCUGCAUCUCGUCCGACGAUGACGACGUCGACGACGAUGAGCCCGCGGUAGAGAUGCAGCAGAUUGCGAACUGCGGCGUUGAAGAGGGGCCAGGGGGCGCCGACGGACAGCACGUGGGGGAGCCUGCGGCGAAGCGUCUGCGCGCGAGCGGUGCGGACGGUGCCCGCGGGCCGGGGGGGGAGUCCGCGGACGUCCCCCCGCAUGACGGCGAAGGGUUGCGGCAACGACAGGACGGCGGCGUUCGCGGCGUGCUGGACGAGGUGAACGGUGGCGCGCAGAGCGGUGCGGACGGAGGCAUGGAGCAGCUGGUCGCGAUGGGGUUCUCGCAGGCGGACGCGUGGAAGGCGCUGCGCGUGGGGAAGAGUGUGGAGGGCGCGAUUAGCUGGCUGCUGGGGUGA